AUGUCCUUCGCCCUGCUGCGCUCGGCGCCCCCCAGCCGCUACCUGUACCCCGAGAUCAGCAUGCUGUCGGAGGACGAGGAGAACGGCAGCGAGAGCUCGGGCUCCGACGAGAAGCCCUACCUCCUGGACGCCGACGGCUUCGGCCUCAAGGCCGGCAAGCGGAGGCCGGGCGGCAAGAAGGCGGGCGGCGGGGGCGGGCGGCUGGGCCGGGAGCCCCGGCAGCGGCACACGGCCAACGCCCGCGAGCGAGACCGCACCAACAGCGUCAACACGGCCUUCACGGCCCUGCGCACCCUCAUCCCCACCGAGCCCGCCGACCGCAAGCUGUCCAAGAUCGAGACGCUGCGCCUGGCCUCCAGCUACAUCUCCCACCUGGGCAACGUGCUGCUGGUCGGCGAGGCCUGCGGGGACGGCCAGCCCUGCCACACGCCCCCUACCUUCUUCCACCACGCCGGGGGCAGCCCCCCGCCCGCCCCCCGGGACGGCGAGAACGCCCAGCCCAAACAGAUCUGCACCUUCUGCCUCAGCAACCAGAGGAAGCUGAGUAAAGACCGUGACAGGAAGACCGCGAUCCGGAGUUAGGAGACCAAGAACCAACUCUGGGGGAAGGAGGAGGCGGACGAUGAGGAGCGGAAGGCGGGGAGAGGAAGC